GACGUGGACAACUGAGCAGAAGGGUGGCAAAAGCUCGACGUUUGGCGCCGUUUCAAAAUAAAAAUAUUACCCCUUUGUGUAGACAUUAAGACCACUGAAAAAACUCUAAAACGAGUACAGUGGUUCUUUAAUUUAUUAUUUUGUAAGUUGUAUAGCACUUAUAAACGAUAGGCGACACGUAUUGCAGCCGUUUGAAAAAUAUAGCUUUUAUUGCGAAGUGACGCUAAAGCCGCUGCUUUGGCUGGAUGCAAGGAUUUUCUGGAUGAGUUGUAUGGAAGCUCUUGUAUGCAACGCCUGUAAACAGCAGCCAUGGAUGUAACAUUGCACUAUUUCGAUUAACGUUUAAUUAACGUUUUAUUCCACUCGUUCGCGCUCGCGGUUUUUUUUUUUUUUUUUUUUUUUUUGCUGUAGCAAGCUGAGAGCGAAGCUAGGUGUCACUGACUAGCCAGAAGCCACAUCAGCUGCUGUUCGCGAUCAGAUACAUUUGGCCAUGGCAGAGGGUAUCAUGAGCAAAGCUGCCACCAUGGAGAUCCCUAUUAACAGCAAUGGAGACACUGGGACUCAGCCAGAGGAUGACAGUCUGGAGCAGGAUUUGCAGCAGGUGAUGGUGUCGGGGCCCAACCUCAACGAAACCAGCAUCGUGUCGGGAGGUUACGGCAGCCCGGCGGGGGGCAUCAUUCCGACCAGCUCCAUCAAAGGGCCUGCCGUACGUUUCAACCCCGAGUAUUUGGACAGAAGACGUGCCCCCGCGCCUGCACCAGGUGCCCACAUUCGCAUGAAAUCCGGGGCCGCUAGCUUGCCUAGCAGCCAGCCGCACGGCAGCCAGCCGCUCUCAGCUCCCUCGAAUCAUAACACCAACAACACGAUGGAAGAAGUUUCCCGCGGUGUGGCGGUGGAGAAGCUGGAUAGUGUGAAGAAAUGGGGAAUAAACACAUACAAGUGCACCAAGCAGAUGUUCUCCGAGCGCUUUGGCCGAGGCUCGCGGACGGUGGACUUGGAGCUGGAGGCUCAGAUCGAUGUGCUGCGAGACACCAAGAGCAAGUACGAGAACAUCCUCAGACUGGCCACGGCGCUCACCAGCCACUUCCAGAGUAUGGUGCAGACGCAGCAGGCUCUCGGGGACAUGUUCACGGACCUCAGCCAGAAGUCACCGGAGCUGCAGGACGAGUUCGGGUAUAACGCGGAAACCCAAAAGCUAUUGUGCAAGAACGGCGAGUCCCUGCUGGGCGCCAUCAACUUCUUCGUGUCCAGUAUCGACACGCUGGUCAACAAAACCAUGGAGGACACUCUGAUGACCAUCAAGCAGUAUGAAAACGCGAGGUUGGAGUUUGACGCCUACCGGUCCGACUUGGAAGAGCUGAGUUUGGGCCCGAGGGACAGCGCCGCCAUGGUCCGCAUCGACAUGGCCCAGCACGACUACCAAGUGCACCGGGACAAAUACGAGCGUCUGCGGAGUGACGUCACCAUCAAGCUGAAGUUUUUAGAGGAGAACAAGGUGAAGGUGAUGCACAAGCAGCUGCUCCUCUUCCACAACGCCAUCUCGGCAUAUUUCGCCGGCAACCAGCAGCAGCUGGAGCAAACUCUGGUGCAGUUCAACGUCAAGUUAAAGCCGCCCGGCGCCGACAAGCCGUCCUGGCUGGAGGAACAGUGACAGGAAGUAC